AUGAGGAUUUUCUGCAAGAGUUUCACCGACGUGUACCAAAAAGUUCAUUUAUUGUCUCGACUCUAGAUAUUUGCCGCCCUGGUGGCAGCAGUGUGCGCAUCGUACGACGAGGGCCAUGGCGGAUCUACCUACCACGAAACCUCGAAGCCCGUGGAAAUUCCGAUUUACAAAAAAUACGCCAUACCGAUUCCACAUCCGGUCCCGGUCGCGAUCCCUCAAGAGAUCAAGGUUCCGAUCCCUCAGCCGUACCAGGUCGAAGUUCCAGUGCCACAUCCGGUGCCAGUAGAGGUCGUGAAGCACGUGGAGAUCCCCGUGGAAAAGCCCGAGCCCUACUUGGUGGAGAAAAAGGUACCGUACGUCGUCGAGAGACCAUACCCAGUGACGGUGGAAAAGCAUUACCCAGUGCCUAUCCCGAAACCGUAUCCAGUCCACGUGCCCGUCUACAAACACGUCUUCCAUCAUCAGAGCAAGGGGCACGGUUGGAAGCACUGA